AUUCGGCUCACAGUUACAGAGACUCAACACAUGUUCGCAAGGUUAGCUCAGGAACAAUUUCUGUCCUCGAUCUUCCUCAAGGACUUGGGGAUCGAGGACCUCAGACCCAGGAGGGCCAUCACGGGGGCCCUCAUUUGGGAGAUUAGAGGCCCGGAGGGCAAGGCCAAGGCGGACUGCCUGGCCGAAAAGCUCUUGGCCGCUCUCGCGGAUAGGGACGAUGUCAAGGUGUCCCGACCCGCGAAGAGCGCCGAGCUCCGGGUCUCCGGUCUGGACGACUCGGUCACCCCCAAGGAGGUAGCCGAGGAGUUCGAACGGAAGUGCGAAUGUCCCCCACUACAAUUCAAAGUGGGGGACAUCCGGAGGGCCCCCAACGGCCUGGGCUCUGCCUGGGUCAGGUGCCCCGUAGAGGCGGCCAAACGGCUGAUGGCCACCCCGCAAAUCACGGUGGGGUGGUCGACCUGUCGGCUGACGCUACUGCCUGCACGUGGCCUCCAGUGCUACAGAUGCCUGGAGGCUGGACACGUGCAGCAGCGAUGCACCAGCACAGUCGACAGACCAACGAUCGUGGGGGGGGAUUUCAACGCUCACGCUGUUGAGUGGGGAUCCUCCUCCACCGACUCCAGGGGCGAUAGCACCCUGCAGUGGUCGGCGGGACUCGGCCUGAUCAUCAUGAAUUAG